ACUCUCCAUUUCACUUGCCCACUCUACGAACAGAUGAAAUGAACAGUGAAUAGUUAUAGUGCUCUCGGUACUGAAAACAUCCGGUGCACGGCUGUCAAUCGCUCGCGGAGCGCGCAGGACAGGCGCGAGGAAGAAGAUGCUGUGAGAUAGGACCUCAUACAGAGUCAAUAGUCUGUACUCCAUACUCAGCAUGUCUAUCAACAAGCGCGCAGAAUUGUAUAUAUGGCUGCUUUUAUAUUCCGUCCACUUGAUUUUCACCUGUGAAGCGGCUCGGAUCAUCGAAUUGAGCGAUAGAUUUCUCGAGUACAAAGACAAAGACGUAUGGCUCGUCAAGUUUUACGCUCCGUGGUGCAAUCACUGCAAGAGGCUUGAACCGGUUUGGAGUCAAGUAGCGCAGAAGCUAGUGAACACCGAUGUCCGGGUCGCCAGGCUCGACUGCAACAAAUACACGUCUCUCGCGCAGCAUUUUCGAGUAGGAGGAUUCCCUACGAUUUUAUAUAUCAACAAAGACAAAGUCGUCGACUACCAAGGAGAGCGUCUCCUCAGUCCGAUAUUGGAGUUUGUGCGCAGAGUUCAUGGUCCCUCGAUCAAGAAAUUCAGCAACUGUGAGGACAUGAGGAAAAUCCUCGAUUCAGGCGAUAGAGACAAUCGUCAGGCGAGUUUCGUUCUGGCCACGCAUCCGGAAGGUCACGGAGAAGCUGGGGAGCUUGUCAAGAAUUUCACCGAGCACGCGGAGCAUAUGUAUGCCUACAACUACUUCAUCGAUGUCCCGAUCCAUUGCGUCGACGAAUCCAAGGAUCACAGUUGGAUCUAUGUCCACAAAGAUGGGGCGUUCGUCCCCUAUAACAGUGAGAAGUAUCAGCUGCUGGAUCAGUUCAUAAUCUCCGAGCGCUUCCCGGCGUUCCAGAGAAUAACUUACGCGAACUUCCGUCAAAUCUUGGCAACACGUAAAAUGCUGGUGGCUGCAGUCCUGGAAGAAAAUCAGAUCGGCAGGCUGGACACAAUGAGAAUGGAAGAAGUCAGAGACAUGCUCGAAGCCUUAGCAGAGAACACGAAAGAGCUCUACCACGACAAAUUCCUGUUCGGCUGGUUCCCGUCGACCGAGAUUCCGUACUCGAUUGCGAUGACAGAGCUACGAUUGCCGUCCGUGAUCGUUGUCGAUCCUGAGACCUACAAGUAUUACCUAAGCAGCUCUGCUGAUGACCCCGAGGACAUCAUCAAGCUUCUCGACGCCAUCGACAAAGCGGACCCUUUACCGCCGAGUUUCGGCGGCAACACUCUGCCCUACAGAAUAUACAGAUCCUAUUUCGAUGUGUCACAAAACCUGAAGAACAUGUAUCGGUCGUCGCCAGUUCUGACGUUCGUGAUAUUCCUCAUACCGACGGCCUUCUUCGCCGCAAUCUGUUACUUGACGUGUUGCUCCGAUUUCCUCGAGUCAUCCGAUGAGGACGAGGACGAACUGGAAGAAGAGGACGAUGAUCAUGAAAAAACGGAUUAGCCUCCAUGUCCGAGGUCAUGGAUUCUGCGACUCAAUUAUGCUCCAAAUGGGGACUUCGUUUAAGAGGCUCCGAUCGAUUGCGGAUAUAAGCUGCGCAUCGUGUGAGGAGAAUAAUACCAGAAGAGGGACGCAAUCUCAUCGACUCGGAAGACGAAGGAGAGAAGAUGUCGAGCGAUUCCGAAGCUGAUACUGUGAGCGGCGUCCUGUAACUUUCCUCCGAUACAGCGGAGUCGGAGGAGGCGCACUAGCAUGGAGAAGGUCUCCGUGCGCCGGAGACCAGCGGUCCGAGAAUGUGAGCCGCUCGUCAUCACAAGCCUCGAACGGGCCAUCAUAAGUCCCACGAACGAGUGGUCAGACUCAUGAAUCUCAACCCACAGCUGCCUUUGUCUCAGAUUAAGAAUACAUCGGAUCAUCGCUUUCAUCACAUUCACGUAAUUCAUCCAUCAUUAUCGCUUCAGAGGUGGGGAGAAGUGAAGUUCUUCUCCCCAACGUCGACCGAAUCGAUUUCGACUCAGCUCGCAGCGAAACAAUGCUCGGGAAGUGGAUAUGUACCGUAUGUUGAUAUUCACUCAUUCCAUGUCUCCCCGACUCUCACGAAUAAAAAUUGUCCUCGGCGAGU